GUGGAACAUUGUCCUGGUGAAAGAGGUUCUCCUGAUAAUGGUAAGCAAUGUCAGAGAACCACCGAACUUCCUUCUGGUACUGGUGAUUGCCCUAAUGGUAAUCUUGAAAAAGGUAAGAAUUGUACAAAGAUAUUGGUUCCUGCCGCCGAUGUUUCUGCCCAAGUCCAUGUUAUUGAUAAUGAGAAACAAUGUGAUACACCUGGUAGACAAGGGGUGAAGAAACCCUGCGAAGCACCAGUCGAGGCGGAGGUAUUAACUCAAGAAGAAAUUGACGGUUCUGAAACAUGUCCUCACGAUAAUAAAGAAAAAUGUCCUAAAUCUACUACUACUACUACUAUUGCACGUGCUGGCGGUAGUGGAUCUGAGGGUGCAAAAGGUCAACAACCGAAAAGAGGUCCUGCAGAAGCUGAG